GCGCCUGCGCAGUGGGCGGUGCGGGGGCGGGGCCGGCCGUCAGCUGACCGAGGCGGCGGCGGCGGCCUCGCGGGGACAGCAGUCGGCGUCGCAGACUCCGGCGCCGAGGGUUGCGGGCGCGUCCGCUCCCGGUGGGCGAGGCGGAGGCCGCGUAGCAUCAUGGCGACCACCGUCAGCACGCAGCGCGGGCCGCCCAGAUGAGUUCUGGAAGUCCUGUACUGAUGAUGGGACGAAGGAGAUAGACAUACGAUCCCCAUGCCUGAGCAGCACGCUGUCACCACCAUCCCUGCGUAUGCGUGUGUGGUCCACAGCCCACCCUGCCGGGUCCUCCGAGCUGCGGUAUGUGGCAUGGGGUGUACGUCGGCGAGCUCCCGCAGGACUUCCUCCGCAUCACGCCCACGGCCGCGCAGCAGCAGGUGCAGCUGGACGCGCAGGCAGCCCGGCAGCUGCAGUACGGAGGCGCGGUGGGUGCCGUGGGCCGCCUCAGCGUCACCGUGGUGCAGGUGGGUGUCCCGCGUGGGGAGCGCCGGCCCCGGCUGCCGUGCCACGCUUUCUGCGUGGACGCGUGCUUUGCCGAGGCGCGCUCCUGAAACGUAGCUGGUGA